CCAAAAAGAUCGGAAAUGCGUUUUCAUGAACAGUCGAUUCGUGAUUACGACGAGCGAGUAGAGGGCGUUGCGAAACGCAAAUGGUCAAAAAAAUACACUGAAAAACACCAUCGCAUCGCAUGUAAACCUAUCCAGUUCUUCACUCACCUUCAUCAUUCGCCUCUGUUUUUUUGCCGUGUCGAAAAAGUUACACGGAGAAUGGAAGAACAGCAGGAAAAUGGUGAAUUGGCUGUCGCCGAAACGAAUAACGAGGAACGAGAUAUAAAUGCAGAAAUUGACGAACAGCGAAGGAGGUACCAGCCAACAAGAUGGGAAUCUUUUUUCGCAGUAACGAAAUCAUUAAUAAUCAGAGCAUUAAUCAUAUAUUUCAUAAGUUCUUUCUUCCAACGGUCCCAACCGGACACAACAAAUUUAAGCACAAGCGCAGGUAGAAGUUUACCUGCGGUACGGGUACUUAAUAUGUUUGAGAAUGGUACCCACUUGGAUCUCAAUGUUUUCAUAAGUGAAUCUGAGGUUUUCAAAGACUUUGGUAAGCCACAAGCUCAUGUGUGGACUGAAAAAAAUCUCAUUUACGGUGAUUGGUCGAGCGGUCCGGAUAACGAUGGAUCCAGGGUAAUGACGCACAAUUUUACACCAUCCGAUCAGCUGAAAAAAAAUGGCUCCAUUUUCCUACAUGUCUAUGUAACAAAAAGUGGAAAAUCGCCAGAUCCAAAUUCUGGCAAAGACAUUUAUGCUGGCCACUAUGUAUCAUAUGCCAGGAAAAUGUUGAACAAAUUCAAAAAAGUCAGAUAUCAGAAGAGGCAUAAUUUGCUGACCGGUGAAACAACCGCGAGCGAAGAAGAAAUCAAGAAAGCAGAGGUGAUGGAUCAGGAAAUAGUAUCUCACUGGCAUCCAAAUAUGACUAUAAAUUUAGUGACUGAUCAAACCAAUUGGGUGCAGGGACAGGUUCCUCCGCCGCUCGAUGAAUACAUCGAAUUUUUACCCAACGGUAUGAUGUACAAACCUGCCGUUUAUCUCAACGAUUUUUGGAACAUGCAGCGUGAUUAUCAGCCCUUGAACGACUCGAUCAAAACCCUGGAGCUUCGUUUGACAUAUCAACCGUUGUCCCUCUUCAAAUGGCAACUCUACACAGCUCAGUCGAUGAGAAAUAAGUGGACAUCGUCACUUAUGGGCGAUGUAGCGGACGAGGAUGACAGCGAUCAAGAUACCAUGAAAGAAGCCAUUCUCGAGACGAAUCCUUACCUUCUUGGUAUGACGAUCGUUAUUUCGAUACUUCACAGUAUUUUCGAAUUUUUGGCAUUUAAAAACGAUAUCCAAUUUUGGAACAAUCGUAAAUCCCUGGAAGGUCUUUCGGUGAGAUCGGUAUUUUUCAACGUGUUCCAAUCGCUCGUAGUGCUCCUGUACGUUUUAGACAACGAGACGAACACGGUAGUUCGUAUAAGUUGCGGUAUAGGUUUGUGCAUAGAAAUUUGGAAGAUAAACAAGGCUGUGGACAUAAGUUUGAACCGUGAAUCGAAGAUCCUCGGAUUAUUCCCAAAAGUAUCAUUCCGCGACAAGGGUUCUUACGUCGAAUCGUCGACCAAGGAGUACGACAGACUCGCAUUUAGAUAUUUAUCGUGGGCGCUUUACCCAUUGCUCGGUGGUUAUGCGAUUUAUUCGUUGAUGUACCUCGAGCACAAAGGCUGGUAUUCGUGGGUCUUGAAUAUGUUGUACGGUUUCCUAUUGACAUUCGGAUUCAUAAUGAUGACGCCUCAGUUGUUUAUAAAUUACAAGCUGAAGAGCGUUGCUCAUCUGCCAUGGCGUAUGAUGUCCUACAAAUUCUUGAACACCUUCAUCGACGAUAUUUUCGCGUUUGUCAUUAAAAUGCCAACGUUAUACAGAUUAGGCUGUUUCCGCGAUGACAUUGUGUUCUUUAUAUUUUUGUAUCAACGAUGGAUUUACAAAACCGAUCAUACGAGAGUCAACGAGUUUGGUUUCACCGGCGAAAUGGAUGCUCAACAAAAACCUAUCGAGAACGACCAAAAAGCCAUUGCCGAAAACAAUAGCAAUUCUAAGACAGAUAAUUCGAAGAAAACUAAUUGAUUUUCGUGGAUCAUCGAUCGUCCGGUUCAUCACCGUCGCGUAUUUAUAUUCGAUUGAUCUUAAAUAUUUAAAUUCAAUGAAAUCGAAGUUUAAUUUCAAUCUCUCGAUCAAUCGCAGUAUUAGGUGUACGAAAUAAAUUGUUGCGAGGUUGUAAAUUGUAGAUACGUGAUGUUAUCAAUCGCCCCAAAUUCUCGCGGGCGUCUGCGUCCUUAUCGUUCCCAUACUAAACCAAAACUACGAUCGAUCGUCAAGAACAAAAGAGCCAGCCGAGAAGAAUUUAGUCAAGUCAUUAUAUUAAUUAAAUCAAUGAAAAACAACUAAGUACAGAAUGAUAAAUAACCAAAUGACAAACCAAUUGUAUUGUGCGAUGUUCGUUCGCUUGCGACGAUUUUAAUUCAAUGCGCUCCGUUUACGCAUGUGCCCGCAAAGAAACGUCGACAACCGUUGGCGCUCUCCCAUCGAGUUCAACUGCUUUGUGAAACUUUCCAAAGUACGAUAUUGCAAUAAUAAAAACAAAAAAUCUACUUGA